UCUGUUUACAGAGCUGCAAACAUUAGAUUGCAGUUAACAAAAAUCCCCACUUUCAAGUAUAUGAAGUUGAUUGCAGUAACUGUUUUCAGGUUUUUUUGUUUGGUACAUUGUUGUAAACUUCUCAUUUGCACUCGUCGUAAUAUCAGUGACUCAGCGCCGUAAGCCUUCCAAGUUGAAUACGUUAUUAGUGUAACAGAGUUAUUUGAGAGUAGAUGAAAUACUCUGAGCUAAAGAAGCAGCAAAUAAACAUAUUAAUAUGAAUAACAGCAAUUCUAAUUGGCGUCACAACAAAAGAGUGUUAUCACACCGGUAAUUCAUGGGCGACAGAGAAAGCUAGAGAUAUUGGAAACGAGGUGUACUGGAAGUGUAGCUACCGUAUUUAAGUUGGUUGCAAUGAACGAAUGAAACUGUGUAGCUGUAGCAGAAACAUUUGUGUUUGAAUACUGAAAUGAAGGAAGCGCUUUGAAGGAAGAUGCGUGUGGUGUUGUGGCAAUGUUUACGUGCGAUACGACAGAAAUGUAGUAGCACACACGUAUACACAAUGCAGGAAAAAUUUCAAAAGCAUUUUCGUGCCGACUGUAGGUACAAAAAAAAUAUUGUGGAAUUAGAAACAUCUGCCUUAACUCAUGUGAAAUGUACACUCGAACAUAACUAUGAGAAUUGUGAAAAAGUGUUAUCAGAAUUGACAACCGAACAGUUUCCAUUAUUUUUAUAUUUGUUAAAUAGUAGAGACGUGCUAGUCAGGAUCGAAAAUAUUCGUUUCUGGGAACAAGUGGACAUUGAAUGUUGGAGGAGGUUUAAAAACAUGAGUCCUGAAGAAAUUCUUAAAGUAUUGGAUGGAUGGAUGUAUUGCCUCCCUAACAGAAUAACACAGCUAUUAUUUUAUUCACACACACUUAAUAGAAUGAAGCUCUGGUUUAUAUUCAGAGUUUUGUCUGUUCAGCAGUGGGUUCUAUGUGUCUUUUUCAUUGGUCUUGGAAAGAGGAAUAAUACAAAGUUAAUGAGGAAAGCAGUUAUGGCUUGUGACUGGCAAGAAAUAGUAAAUUGCUUGACACUGUUGGAUUUGUGCAUUGUUCUAAAUGCAAUCUACAAAACUAGUACAAGGGUUCAAGAUUUAAGCCUGCCCGUUGCAGUAACUCAAAAAUUUAAGAAUGAUUUGGAUAAUAUUAUCUUGGAAACUGACGUGUUUACAACAAUAAUAAAAUUUCUUAGGCAGGCAGGAUAUCAUGAUAAUCAUCUGAUGAAUAACAUCAUUGAACUGAUAAUGUCACACCAGUCAGUAUUAAGUACUAUGAACUUUACUGCAGAAGUUCAUCUUCUUGCAUUCUAUGCCGAAGCUCGUUUUUAUGAACGUGAUUUUAUUUCAACUUUGAUUGGUGAGUGCCUCAGAAAUCUGGUGUUGCAUGGCACUAAGACUUCUUUCAGAUCUUACUUAACUGAACAUCCAAGACCCAAGGAUAUAACUAGAUUUUUGUGGGCGGUGAGUUACCUUGGUUGUGAUUUAGAUAAGAGAGACCUUGAUGAAAUAAUUAUGCCUCAGAUUAAACAAAGAAUGCUUCACCAUGAAUACCGGAAUCAACCUGAAGAAGUAAUUAGUAGUUUACUGUAUCUCUGGAUGCUUGGAGCAAGACCAGUAACAUUAUUUGAAAAGAUGGUGACAGUUGAUUUAAUGCGAAGACUAAAAGGGAAACAGCGAAUUCGGCAUAAUUCACGUUUUUGCUUGUUGCUGUCUGCUGUUCAGAUAGAGGGACCAAACAUUGUUCAAACUGAACUUUUGAAGGAAAUGAAUGUGUUGAAAAUUUGGAAACCAAAGUUGGAACUUCAUUUGCAAAGAAGACAGCAACUCUGCAAUGUUUUAAUGGCCAUGAAAAAUCUUGCUGGAACUUUAAAACUAAGCAGAGUAAAAUGUGAAUUCAGUGUGCCACAUAUUUACAUAGCAGGAAUAACAGCUGAAGCAUCGGAUGGCACACAGAUAAAUGUAGAAAUACUGGAUUCAACUGUUUGUUUACACAAAUCUGAGUUACCAGAUGGCCUCAUGAAAUUUAAGUUACGACUGUCAGAGGCCCUUGGAUAUACAAACAUAGUGAUGCUAGAACGAAACCUUGACAAAAUUGAAGGUACUGAGAACUUUUACAGUCAUGUGGAGGAUCAGCUCAGGAAAGUGAUGGAAUGUAACAAAUGGGAAAAUCUGUGAAUCACAUUACUUUUGUCGCCUUAAAAACCGCACUGCAUCAACCGUCCAGUCGCAGACAACAGAUGGCUACAGGAUCGUUCUGAUUGUUAAUGCAGCAUCUCAUGUACCACUUUUCUCCUGCCGAUCUCAUUAAUCUUAGAACUUAAAGUUGAUCACUCUUCCUGUGCCA